CCGAGGUCGAGAGCCAAGACGACUGCCACUGUGAUCUGCCCGUGGAUUUUACCGCGUAGAUCAAUGCAAGACAUAGCAAUAUCAAUCCACAUCAUCCACAUCAUCCACAUCAUCCACAGCAUCCACAGCACUCACGACAUCAAAGCCAGAUGUUCUCAAAUCUCCGGCGAAUCUGCUCUUCCGGCUUCCGACGUUCACGGACAACGCCUACCUUGGCGUUCCUUGCCGAGACGCCAUCAUGAAGUUUGUUUUCCGGACCGAGGCUCAACUUGCCACGCCAGUGUCGCCCCUAAUACCUAGGUAGUUGACAACAAUGGAGCAGCUUGUGACGCGGGGAAGCGUUGCUUUCACUCUCGACGACUGUGGAUACAAAACAAGACGACACCUGCGUUUGCACUACUUUAGCAUGCCCGACUGCUCCACCUGAAAGACCCUUUGAGGGUCCACGCGCGACAUCAAGGCUAUCCCUGGAUUCUCAAAUCUACGUGGCAAAAUGUCUUCAACUCUCUCAACUGAGCCCGUUUCGCCGAAAGCUACUCCGCUCCCACCACUGCCGUCUGAGGAUCCGCUCACGUCCCAACAAUGGAAGACACUUCUUGCUAUUGCGGAUGCGGUCAUCCCAGCAAUCAAGCCCAUGUCCACGGCGAAGACGCGCACUGAAAUCGCUGCGACCGACACCGAUUACUCGACCGCGAUUAGCAAGCUGAGGGCUCUAACGCCGGAGAAUGACCCUGAUGCGGUAACAGCGGUGAAGGACUACCUGGAUGACUAUGCGAGUCAGGAUCCAGCGUUUCGAGCGGAAUUACAACAUGUCUUCGCUAUGUACAUGCCGCAGAACCAAAGAAAGGAGCUGUGUAUGGUGCUGAAUGUCCUGAAUACUAGAGCGGGGUCGCUGGCACUGACUGGUUAUCUUACACCAAUUAGCGAACAACCCGCUCAUGUAAGAGAGUCAAUCAUUCAGGGCUGGGCUACCGCGCGGCUUGGAGCGCUUCGCCAACUGCGUCGCUCGUUGGUGAUCAUUACUAAACAGGCUUGGAUCAAGACGUCGCCUGCAUUGAGACGCGUUAUAGGCGCCCCACGCGUGCCUCUGGGCAUGAAGCCUGGGAAGGGCUUCGACUAUGAGUUUAUUCAGAUUCCUCCCGGCGACAAGCCUGAAGUUAUCGAGACAGACGUGGUGAUUGUGGGAAGCGGGUGUGGAGGUGGUGUGACCGCGAAGAACCUCGCGGAAGCCGGGCACCGUGUGUUGAUCGUAGAGAAGGCAUAUCACUGGACUCCAGAUCACUUUCCCAUGGCUGAACUGGAUGGAUGGCACCAUCUUUUCAUGAGUGGAUCAUUUUUGACAUCUGAUGAUAGUUCUGUCAGUGUUGUAGCAGGUCAGUCCAUGGGCGGUGGAGGUACUGUCAACUGGUCUGCUUCUCUCCAGACACAGGGCUACGUCCGUCGCGAGUGGGCAGGACGAGGUCUUCCAUUUUUCACAUCUGCAGAAUUCCAAGAGUCUUUAGAUCGUGUCUGUGAUCGCAUGGGCGUCUCAGACAAGAACAUCAAGCAGAAUCGCAACAACGAGAUACUACUUGAAGGUGCCAGGAAACUCGGCUGGACUGCUAAGCCUGUGCCACAAAAUACCGGUGGACAGCAGCACUAUUGCGGUUAUUGCAACUUUGGCUGCGGCUCGUGUGAAAAGCAAGGCCCGGUAGUAUCCUUCCUCCCUGACGCUGCCCGAGCGGGAGCAAAGUUCAUCGAAGGCUUCCACGCAGAGAGAGUCAUCUUCUCCAAUAAGAACGGCCGAAAGAUAGCAACCGGCGUACUUGGCACAUGGACAUCCCGUGACGCUCACGGCGGCGUUGCUGGUUCCCCCCUAACAACCCGCCGCGUCCUCAUCAAAGCAAAGCGUGUCGUCGUAUCAGCAGGAACCAUGCAAUCUCCGCUUCUCCUCAUGCGUUCUGGACUCAAGAACCCGCAGAUAGGUCGCAACCUAUACCUUCACCCCGUCACCUUCCUUGGCGCUUAUCACAAGGAAGAGAUCAAACCUUGGGAAGGCGGGAUCCUCACUGCGGUAGUAGGCGAGUUCGAAAACAUGGACGGCAAAGGCCAUGGUGUCAAGCUUGAAGCUACGAACAUGGUUCCUUCUGCGUGUCUUAUGUGGGUUGAUUGGAAGAGCGCUAUGCAAUACAAAAUCGACGCGGCGAAGUUGAAACACAUGGUUGGGUACAUUUCCAUUGCAAGAGACCGCGAUACAGGGCGAGUAUAUCCAGAUCCAGUCGACGGUCGUGUGAGGUUUUCGUACCAGACAUCCAAGUUUGACCAAAAACACGUAUUAGAAGGUGUUAUUGCGCUGGCGAAGAUUCAGUAUGUGGAAGGAGCACAGGAAAUCUUCACCGUAAUACCCAAUAUGCGACCAUUCGUUCGGGAUCCUUCCAUGCCAGCAGGCGAUGGUAUUAACGAUCCAGAGUUCCAGACCUGGAUCCAGGAUAUCAGAAAUAUGGGCCUACCAUCACCUGAGAGUGUGUAUGUCUCCGCGCAUCAAAUGGGUACUUGCCGGAUGAGUGCGAAGGAGAAAGACGGUGUUGUUGACCCGCGAGGCGCUGUCUGGGGCACUGAGGGCCUGUAUGUGGCUGAUGCGAGUGUGUUCCCUAGUGCUAGUGGAGUUAACCCCAUGGUUACAAAUAUGGCCAUUAGUGAUUGGAUCAGUCGAGGGAUCAAAGAGGGGAUGGAGGAGAGGCCGAGGUUGUAGGAGUAUAAUUCCAAGGAGGUUGUGUACCUCCUGACGGGAACACCAAUGACUUUGAAAGAUGGUAAUAGAUAUAAAGCG